ACUGUAUUGGUGUCACUGGGGAUGUCAGUGACACCAAUUACAGUGAUCAGUGCUAAUAAUAUGCACCGUUACUGUACUAAUGACACUGGGUAAGAAGGGGUUAACAUCUAGGGCGAUCAAAGAGUUAAAUAUGAGCCCGCCAAGUGUUUGUGUGUGUACUGCGUGCUGCGCUUUUUAUUGUGGAUCUAAUUGUUCUCAUUCCCUGUUGAAAAACCAACUAGAUCCUCUUGUCACCGAACAAAGAUCUGUGCGAUGUACACUUACAGGGCCGUGUUCUGUGACACACACAGCCGGUCGGUGGGUGCCAGAG